AUGGAUUCUAAACAUGUUCUUAAAUGCCAAUCAAUCUCCUACAUGACAGCGAUUUCGACGGGAAAUUGUCUCUCAAAAAUCUACCAAUCGCCUCAAGUGUUCCAAAUUCUGAAAAAUGUCACAUUCACAGCAACGUCCGGUGAGGUCCACGGGAUCCUAGGGGUCUCAGAGUCGGGAAAAACCACUCUACUCGAAGCGUUGGCCCUCGGCGCUGGAGGUGAGAUUGGAGGGAUUGCGAUGCUCGACAAUUUCAUGCUCACAAAGCGACGAUUCAACAAAUAUUGCUCGUAUGUGGACUAUCGGGUUUCCUACCCGGAAUCCCUUACAGUACACUCACUGCUGUAUUUUCAAGCUCAGCUGCAUUUGGCGGGAAGCUUGACAAGCCUGGAAAUCGAGCAUAGGUUAACCGAACUGAUGGCAAUGUUUGACAUCAUAUGCUAUGCCACAACAAGCAUUUGCAAUUUGACAAUUAGCGCUCGAAAACGGGUUCUCACCGUUUUUGAGCUCGUCAAAGAUCCAAUCCUAACAAUCAUUGACGAUCCGAUAAGCGAUCUCUCGCCUCUCUCCGCAUUCCAAUUGAUCUACGCGCUUCAGUUUUACGCGAAAAAGUUCAAUCGAAUAAUUGUUGCGAGUUUUCGCAAUGUUCGCAGUGAUAUUUACCAUCUAAUCGGCACUCUUACAUACCUUUUUUAUGGCGAAGUUGCCUAUUCAGGACCCACAAAAUCUCUGGCGUCAUAUUUUCAAAGGAUCGGGUACAGUUGUCCAACAAAUGAAAACCCAGCAUCUUAUUACUUAUCUCUCAUCACAGUCGACAAGGAAAGUAUGGAGCGGGUACUCGAAACGCAAAAUCAAGCGAUGAAGUUGGUCAAUUUCAAAUUGGAAUUUGACAAAGAAAAUGAGGAGUCCGAAUCGGCGGCCGGAUCAUUGGAACUAUUGGAUUCGGCGUUGUGCGCCGGGCCGAAGCCAUCAAUUUUGAAAAUUUUCUCAAUUCUUCUAAAAAGAGACAUGGCGAUUUUAAAAUCGAAUCCUGGCGAGGCGAUCGCAAUUAUUUUCACAUUUCCAGUGAUUGCUAUAUUAUUUUCAUUUUUCGGGACCCUUCCCUCAGCUGAUUUCCAAACUUGGCUUCGAAUCAGUACAACAAGCUUCAUCCUCUCGAUCCUCUUCUUCUCAACCUUCUCAAUAUUCUGUAGAUUCUUCAAAUCAUUCUCUUCAAUAAUCCUCCUCCAAUCCACAAUUGUCGGAUUAUUCUUUGGCAAUUAUUUGCAAGUGUUCAAAUGGAUUCAAUAUGUCAAUCCGUUCAAUUACUUCAACUCUAUUAUUAUUUCAACUUAUAUCGAUGAGGUGAAUCCCAGAAACUGCACAGAAUACGGCAGUAUGAAUCAAUUGUGCAAGUAA